AUGGUCGACGACGAGCAUUCGAGUCCUUCGUCUUGGGACCUGGUGAGAAGAAGGUUGAAGUCGAGGUUGAUACUCGUGAGUGAUACUGACUAUUCUCUGGUCACCAACUCCUAUGAACUGCCAUCUAACAAAGCUCUAGGUGUCCCUUCUACUGCUAUCUUUACUUUCAACAAGGAAGACCACACCUUGGGCAAUUUGAUCCGCUCUCGUCUGCUUCAGAACCAGCACGUCCUCUUCUCUGGAUAUCGCAUCCCCCACCCGCUGGUUCACAAGGUGCUCCUUCGCGUCCAGACCGACGGUCAGAUUACCCCCAAGGAAGCAGUUCUUGCUGCCUGCCACGACCUGGUCAAGGAUCUCGGCAUCUUCAGCCGUGAGUUCACCAAGGAGUAUGAGCUGCGCAAGAUGGUCGGCGCCGGCACCCAGCAGAAUGAUGCUCCAAACGGUAUCUAA